AUGCAUAUCGUCAUUAUUGGCGCUGGCCCAGCGGGCCUCGCAGCUGCCCUCGCACUCUCCCAAACCACCAUUCAAGGCUCCCCGACCCAAAUUACUAUUCUCGAGCUGCGCCCAAAAGUCGAAACGCUCGGAGGAACGAUCUUGUUGACACCCUUGGCACUACGGUACCUAGACGAUCUUGGUGUCGGAUCACGAUUGCGAAAGCUGGGUAUCCCGGUCCGAGGUGUCGAUGUCGUGGCUCUUCGGACUGGCCGGACGCUGGGGCAGAUGUUACCGGGAACAGAUGCGCUGAGAGUUAUAAGACAUCAUCUUGUGCAGUGCAUGUCGGAUGUAGUUGCUGAACUGCCACAGGACCGUGUCACCUUGCGCUAUGGUGCGACAGUCACCGGCAUACAACAGGUCGGUGACCAGGGAGAGGACGAGGGAGCAGUUCGUGUCGACGUACAGUUUGAUGCUGGGAAGUCAGAGGAUUCUAUCAGCUGUGAUAUCCUGCUUGGAUGCGAUGGUAUACACUCUUUUGUUCGGACGACAGUUGUGGACUGUGAACGGAAGAAGACGUAUUCUGGUCGUGCCAUCGCCUACGGGUACGUCAACUGUGAUUCUACUGGAGACAUUGGUUUGACAACAUCGGAUGGGAAGCUGCGCCUCCGAGACUCUACUAUGAUCCAAGGUCAGCAUGGAUCGUUCUUGAUGACCUAUUUCGAACCAUCGAGGGGAAAGGUAUACGCUCUUGCUAUCAUGCCGAUGGCAGAGAAUCAAGAUGCACGGGAAGGAUGGAAGGCUUUGGGAGAAGACAAAGUUGCAAUCAAGCGGGACAUCGUGGAUCGUUUCAAGGAAGGCGGUAUCAAAGGUCUAGAACCCAUCAUCAACGAAAGCGACUGGUACUUCUACCCUGUCUAUAUGCUUCCUGUGGAAGGAAGAUGGAGCAAGGGCAGAGUGUUUCUUCUCGGGGAUGCCGCUCAUGCUAUGCCACCCCAGGGCGAAAGUACUGGUAUCGCGAUCGAGGACAGUGUCCUCUUCGCCCACGUACUUAGCGAGGGGAUAUCAAGGGGUAUCCCCUAUGUGAUGGAGGCCUACGAGACUCUGAGACGAGAUGAUAUCACGAAGCUGCACUCUGAGACAAUAUUUCGCUGGAAUACUGGGAGUUCAUCGUCUUGGCUAUGGAGUAUCAUGAUGGAAUUUGCCACUUGGGUCUAUCUUCUUCUUGCCAACUACCGACAGGAAGAUUACUUUAAGCGGGAUGUAAGAAGCUUUAAGCUUCCAUGA